GUGUGUCUGUCGGUAGCAUUUUGGCGCCAUCUGGCUCAAGCGAGAAACGCCAACGUACGUGCCUGACCGAACCACCUAUUCCUCGAGUUCGCCUUUGAGACGUGCACGCCACGAUGGCCCAGAAGGCGCCUGUCCGAGUGUGCUUGCUGAUCCCUCUCCUCGUCCACGGCGUCUGCGGCACGACCGCAGCGGCGGAGGUCAACUUUCAGCAGGAUGACACCGUGCUCCUGCAGCUCGGCACGGACGCCACGAGCUUCGACCUCGCCCGCGUCAGUUCCCGUAAGGGCGUGCCUACAGUGACCUCCAUGGUGCUCCACGUGAACGCCAGCCAGCAGAAAGGACAACGCCAAGUCGAGGCGGCUGACCACAUGGUGAAUGGGGCCUCCUGGAGCCAGUUGGGGCAGGACAUCGAUGGCGAAGCCCCAGGCGAUCAGAGUGGCAAGUCGGUGUCGCUGAGCAGCGACGGCAGCCGCGUGGCCAUUGGAGCGAUCAACAACGGCGGUGCUGGGUACAGUUCAGGUCACGUUCGCGUCUUCGGGCUUUCGGGCAACACAUGGAGCCAGUUGGGGCAGGACAUCGAUGGCGAAGCCUCUUACGAUUACAGUGGCUGGUCGGUGUCGCUGAGCAGCGACGGCAGCCGCGUGGCCAUUGGAGCGUCCUACAACGGCGGUGCUGGGUACUGGUCAGGUCACGUUCGCGUCUUCGGGCUUUCGGGCAACACAUGGAGCCAGUUGGGGCAGGACAUCGAUGGCGAAGCCUCUGGCGAUUACAGUGGCGGGUCGGUGUCGCUGAGCAGCGACGGCAGCCGCGUGGCCAUAGGAGCGCACUUAAACGACGGUGCUGGGUACGUGUCAGGUCACGUUCGCGUCUUCGGGCUUUCGGGCAACACAUGGAGCCAGUUGGGGCAGGACAUCGAUGGCGAAGCCUCUUACGAUUACAGUGGCGAGUCGGUGUCGCUGAGCAGCGACGGCAGCCGCGUGGCCAUUGGAGCGACCGGCAACGGCGGUGCUGGGUACAGGUCAGGUCACGUUCGCGUUUUCGGGCUUUCGGGCAACACAUGGAGCCAGUUGGGGCAGGACAUCGAUGGCGAAGCCUCUUACGAUUACAGUGGCUGGUCGGUGUCGCUGAGCAGCGACGGCAGCCGCGUGGCCAUAGGAGCGUCCUACAACGGCGGUGCUGGGUACAGGUCAGGUCACGUUCGCGUCUUCGGGCUUUCGGGCAACACAUGGAGCCAGUUGGGGCAGGACAUCGAUGGCGAAGCCCCAGGCGAUCAGAGUGGCGGGUCGGUGUCGCUGAGCAGCGACGGCAGCCGCGUGGCCAUAGGAGCGACCUACAACGACGGUGCUGGGCCAAGUUCAGGUCACGUUCGCGUCUUCGGGCUUUCGGGCAACACAUGGAGCCAGUUGGGGCAGGACAUCGAUGGCGAAGCCUCUUACGAUUACAGUGGCAUGGUGUCGCUGAGCAGCGACGGCAGCCGCGUGGCCAUAGGAGCGACCUACAACGACGGUGCUGGGUCAAAAUCAGGUCACGUUCGCAUCUUUGGGAUCGAGGCACCGACGCCGGUGCCUUCGCCAGCGCCGGCUGCAGUGACUGCUGCUGCAGUCGGGGAUCCCCACUUGGUAAAUAUUUACGGGGAGCGUUUUGAUCUCCUUAAGGUCGGCAAACACUUGCUGGUCGAGGUCCCACAGUUUGCAGCGGAGAGCGCGACGCUCCUGGCCGUCGCGGCCGUGGCACAGCGUUUGGGCGACGCCUGCUCGGACGUUUACUUUGUGUCCCUCAAUGUGACCGGCAAGUGGGCGGACGGCGUGCGCGAGGGCGGCUUCCAUUACACGGCCAAGCAGCCGCAGGCUCACAGAAAAGGAACGGGCUGGCUGAGCUUCCACAGCAUUCAAUUGAAGACCGUAUGGGGCCGUACUGGCGGAGGCAUUUCCUACCUGAAUUUGUUCGUCAAGAAUUUGGGCAAGUCGGGGUAUCCAGUCGGCGGUUUGCUCGGCGGUGGGGACCACUCGUCUGUGACCAAGGGAGUUUUGCGCUGCAAGCGCGAACUGGUCCUAUAGAUGGUCUUCUUUUCACAAAUUACUUGCUAUGGGGCCGUGAGGAUUGCCACGGCCUCUGUUAAGGGUUAAUCUUACUCGUGAAUAAGAACUCGUUAAUCGUGAAGAGAGUGAACUUUUGUGUGGUGUCACAGUGUAGUGUCGAGAACCCUUGCGUGACUCAGGGCAGAAAUUCAUGCGCGAACCAAGCAUGUCCAUCUCUCGUUCAAGUGCCGUGUGGGAUAAGCGAUGCUGGAGUAUUCAAUUGCAUGGCACUGCAGCCCAAGGUAGCAGCGCCCUCACGCAGCAGUGUCCAGCGAGCUGCAGCCCAAGGUAGCAGCUCAUUUACGGCGCUGGUCGCUGCAUCCCAGGCACUGUAUGCUCGGAGCAGGCGAGAGAGGAUGCCCGCGGCAGAGCUGCCAUAGAGAAAC